ACUUCCUCGAUGAGACGGACAGGCGGGUGUGCAGCAGGAAGCGGCCUGCAGGUCCCUCCCACCAGCACUAUAAAACACAAGCGCUCUUCCUUGCCCCUGCAUUCCACUUCUCUCCUCUUCCUCAUACCUGAGACCAGCAGCCAACAGGAUGUCGUGGGACGCGUACCGUGACCAGCUGACGGCCGUGGAAUCGGUCACAGAAGCCGGCAUCUUCGGGCUGGACGGCAGCACUUGGUCCUCCACACCCGGGCUGACGGGCGUGACGGCGCCGCAGAUUAAGAUCCUGGCUGGUAGCUCAGCUGAUAUGAAUAUAAAUGGCCCGAAGAUCGCCAACAUGAAAUGCAUGCUGCUCCGGGACGAGCGCCAAGACACACAGAGCUUCUGCAUGCACCUGAAGACCUCUGCCAGCGACGGGAAGCUAGCAGUGUGUGUGGGCCAGUCCAACAAAGGUACGGAGACAAAGGGGGGAGAUAGCAGUCUGUGUGGGCCAGUCCAACCAAGCUCUAGUGGUGGUGGUGGGAUCGGGCCUCGGCAGCAAGCUCUCUGGUCCCGUGUUCAACGUGGUCAAAUACCUGAGAGAGGCCGGAUACUAGGACGCCCGCUCCGCCAGGCUCCGCCCCCCCGUCUACACACAACUCAAGAGUUCCUUCAUUUUAGUUCUUUUUUCAAUUCUCCCAUCAGGGAAUAACAAAGUGUUUAAAGGUUGAGUUGAGAUCUGACUUAAGAGCAGUGUUACAUUUAUUACUAUGUGUCCAACCCUUCAUGGGGAAAUAAAACGUUGUAUUCUGAAAAA